GCCAUGAGUAUCCUCGGAGGGCCCCUGCUUGAGGAUGCAGAUAUCGAGGAUCUUCUGAAAAAGUACCCGCGCUUCAAAGGUGCUCUGCCCCCGGAGGCGAAGCUCUGGACGGAGUACGAGCUGGAAACCUAUCUCGCCAGCAACGGCCAGCGAAAGCCCAGCGACCUGGCCAAGGAUGGCAAGGACUCCUCCGGCCGUGGCCCGGUGAACUGCGAGCUGCUAACGAAGACCAGGUUAAAACUGGCAAAGCUGAAGGUGGAGCAAGCGACUGCCGAGUACACAGCCUACUGCCGCCACAGGCAGCAGCGCUCGAACUUCUGCAACCUGCCGUCCAUCGCAUCGUGCAGUCCUGCACAGCGAGUGCGAGAGGUUCCCACACCGCUGGUGGCGCCUGUGACGUUG